CCUUCCUUCAUUCAUUCAUUCAUUCAUUCACUACCUCACCUGUAUUCACCAUCCAUUCUAGGCAGCGAAUGCUGCUGGCCUUCGUCAAUCUACUUGCAUUCUGAUUGUCGCCCCAGCCCCAACACCGAUCCCUGGAGGGAAACAUAAUGCAGUACUUUAUUGUGCACACCUACCGUAUCCAGCGCUAUCGUUUGUUAGGUAUUCGCCUGCCCCGCCACAGACACCCGUUGGACCUAGUGCACCUAUAUUCCUGAAAGAGUUGAGACAUCAACCACUUAAGCCUGGAGAUAUUAUGGUGAUGGAAGCGAGAGUUGCGGGUAGGUGGAGUAGUUUUGAUAGCGCAUUUAGCUUUACUUCUAGAACAUCUGUAAAUUUUAAAUCACAUAAUAUUGAACCAAAACGCUUUGAUGAACUUUUCUGCAAAGCUAAUUUAAUGACAUGCGAGCUAAGAGUGCCUCUUCCAAAAGUCGAAUGGCUAAAGAAUGGAAAACCGUUGCAGAACUACCGUCUUGGGUAUAAUAGCAUUCUCAUGAGAGCAAAAAUUGAGCACGACUCCCAGACGGGCAUUGUUUCACUGACAAUUCCACAAAUGUUUAAUGAUGAUGCAGGCGAAUACUCGUGUAAGGCAUCUAAUGCCCAUGGUGAAGCAGUUUCUACCGCUCAGUUGCUCGCUAAAGAACAGUACGAUCGUUGGUUUGCCGAAGAAAAGACACGUUUGACGAGGGAUAGAAGACAGGCGCAGCAAGGUCGUCCAAGCAGUGUAGCGCAGAAGCAGAUGAUGAAACAAGGCUAUAGUUCAAAUGAUCAGGAUAGUGCUGGGGAUACGCCAUGGGGCAUCUCUGAAUCGGAAACGGAACCAGAACUUGCAUCGUACGACGGAAGAGGUGCACCAGGAUCAAGACCUAUUGUACGAUCUCCUCCUCGAGGCCUUCGACUUACCGAAGGCACUGAUGCGAUCCUUCAGGCGAACAUCGUUGGGAAUCCGAAACCUAGAAUUUAUUGGCUGUUUAAUGGUGCUCCCAUUCGUAUGAGUGGACCACGGAUACAGAUGACCUACAGAGAUCUAACGUGUUCAAUAUUCAUAGAAAGUCCAUUCUUGAUAUUCAUAAAUAUGCAUGAAAAAUGCUGUUCUCGCCUUUAUGCAUAUUAUUAG